UGUCAGAUGCUGGAGGGCGGUGAUCGUGAGAACGGUGCGUGGAGGAAGCUGGCCAGUCUGCCCUCUCUGCACUACUCCGUCUCCGACAUUGACGCCAUCAAGUGGCGCGAGAAUCCGGCGAGGCUGCUGUACGACGACCUGCUGACCUCCGGCCUGACGAUCGGCCGCUUCCUUGACGCCGUCUGCGACGCGGGGCUCUACAGGGUUGCAGACACCAUCUCCGUCGAGCUACUGCGCGCGGGCCGCGUCCCUCGCCGGCCGGACGACGGUCAACGCUCCGCCGCCGCGUCCGACAACGGUGUCUGUGAACCCUCGCCGCUGGACGGCGGACAGCCUGGGAGAGUGGAGGACACCAGACAGCCGGGGAGAGUGGAGGACACCAGACAGCCGGGGAGAGUGGAGGACACCAGACAGCCGGGGAGAGUAGAGGACACCGGACAACCUGGAAGAGGCUCAGACGGCGGACAAGAUGCUGCGGUGAGGGACGACGGACCGGCGCGCAGAACAGAAGACAACGAACAACCGGGGAGACGCUCAGACGGAAAACGAGAUGCGGCGGCGAGGGACGACGUGCGAGCGGCCGCCGCCGGGGACGGCGGACAACCGGGGACGGCAGACGACGACGGAGCACGAGCGGAGAAACAAGAUGGCGUCCGUCGCGGCGCGUCGACGACGGAGCGUCGCGUCGACUCGAUCGGCGUCGUCUACGACGAGUCUUGCGUUCUCGGACGCGGCGGCUUCGGCUGCGUCUACCUCGGCCGAUUCGUCGCCGACGGCAACGGCCGCCAGGUGGCGGUGAAGGUGCUCCGCGGCGGCGCGGGCGGCGCGUCGUUCGAGGCGGAGGUGACGCGGCUGCGCGAGUACAGGCACGCGAACCUGCUGCGUAUACGCGCCUACAGCUACGACGGCACGCAGCGCCACCUGGUGUACGAAUUCAUGCCGAACGGAUCGCUGCAGGACAGGCUGCGAUGUAGAAACAACACGGAGGAUCACCUUAUUUUAAAUUUAGUCAUAACUAUAUUCUAA